AUGACAAAAUUUUGGUUACAAGAAGAGCUUCCUGCUUCUAAACAUCAAACAUUAAGUGCAGACGAAGAGGAAUGUGAGAGACAUUUCCAAACGACUCAUUCACGGGAUGCAACAGGGCGAUACGUUGUUCGCCUUCCUUUCAAGUCUAGCCCAACUGCGUUAGGAGAAUCAAAAGCAAAGGCGCUUAGUUGUCUCAACAGAAUGUUUCAGCGAUUCUCAUCAAAUUCCGAAUUUCGACAGCUUUAUGUCAAUUUCAUUGAAGAAUAUAAAACCAUGGGUCAUAUGGUAGCAACUGACAUCUCAAACAAUCGAGCUUCUCCUGUGUACUACCUUCCUCACCAUGGAGUAAUCCGAGAGAGUAGCGUCACCACCAAGCUAAGAGUUGUAUUCAACGGCUCUAGCCGUACUAGUAAUGGUCUCUCCCUUAAUGACAUUCUUUACGCAGUUCAUCCGGACGACUGGGAUUUACAGAGAAUACUGUGGCAAGAACAACACAGCCAACCUAUUGCCUACCAACUUACUACAGUGACAUAUGGGCUUAACUGCGCUCCCUUUUUAGCGCUACGAACAAUCCAGCAAUUAGUGAGUGAUGAAGGCUAUCGUUUUCCAUUGGCAAUUGUUCCCAUGUCAAAAGGUAGAUAUGUCGACGAUAUCUUUGGAGGAGCGGACACUAUUUCAGAAGCGAAAGACAUUGUCCGAGAUGUAAUACAGCUCUGCGAAACAGGCGGAUUCCCCUUACAAAAAUGGAACAGUAACUGUUUAGAACUUCUGCCUAAAUCUAAUAGUGGAUCCUCUUCUACAGUCGAAAUUGAGCCCACACACUUAAAGAUCUUGGGCCUUAUCUGGAAACCGAACACAGACACCUUUCACUUUACAGCUGCGACAUCACCCACCACCGUUUUCACCAAGAGGACAAUAGCUUCGGACAUUGCAAAAUUAUACGAUCCGUUAGGACUGAUUGCUCCAAUCCUGAUAAGAGCAAAGAUUCUUUUACAGGAACUCUGGCUAUUAAAAGUUGAGUGGGAUGAACCUCUUUCCCCAGAACUCGAGCAACGAUGGACAACCUUUCGAAAACAAUUACAUCAGCUCGAUCAACUCUCUAUACCAAGAUGGCUCGGUAUCGUUCGCUCAAAUACUUCUGUUGAACUUCAUGGCUUUUCCGAUGCAUCACAACUUGCUAUGGCUGCCGUAAUUUACGCUAGAGUUUCUGGUAACGAUGGGAAGGUCUCCGUCCAACUAAUAUGUUCCAAGACAAAGGUCGCACCGAUUAAGAAACUUACAAUACCUCGACUCGAACUCACCGCCGCUCUUCUCUUGGCACGCCUGAUGGUGCAUACUGUAAAUGCCCAUGAUCUCCCUAACGUAACGACGUUUUGUUGGUCUGAUUCUUCAGUCGCAUUAACUUGGAUUACCACUCAGUCAUCUUGCUGGAAGGACUUUGUUCGCAAUCGCGUAUCUUCUAUACAAGAGCUCCAGUCAAACACAUCAUGGCGUUUUGUACCAGGGAAAGAAAAUCCAGCUGACUGUGCUUCGCGAGGUCUGAGGUCAGAUCAAUUAAUUCAACAUGAUCUAUGGUGGAAAGGUCCUGACUGGCUAUCCAAGUCGCAAACUUCCUGGCCUUCAAUA